AUGAAGAACCAAAGGCGUCAACUAGUCCUCCCACCAAGAGUUCUCAUUUUCCCCUUUCCGGCGCAGGGACAUGUCACCGCCAUGCUCACUCUCGCCGAGGUUCUCAGCCUCGCCGGCAUCGACGUCACCUUUCUCAACACCGACCACAUCCACAAUCGCCUUUUCCGUCAUGCUGACGUUGAAGCCCGGUUUGCCGACUAUCCCGGGCUCCUAUUCAGAACCGUCCCCGACGGCCUGCCAGACGACCACCCGCGCUCACAUGAAAGAACAGAGGUAUUUCAUUCAAUGAUUGCGACAACCAAGCCGGUGUUGAAGGAGAUGCUGGUUUCCGGUGCAUUGGGCUCGGUGACUUGCAUUAUAGCUGAUGGAUCUUUUGCUCGCUUUGCUACUGAUUUAGCCUAUGAAUUUCAAAUUCCCAUAAUUCAUUUUCGAACAGUUAGUGCCUGUUGCAUCUGGAUACACUUCUGUGUUGACGAUAUCAUUAAAGCCGGGGAGCUUCCCCUUAGAGAAAAAGAAGACAUGAAUAGGCUAAUAACAAGCGUUCCCGGCAUGGAAAGCUUCUUAAGGUGCCGCGACUUGCCUAGUUUCUGCCAAGUGAGAGACUUAAGCAACCCACAACUCAAUUCAAUCGCUCGAGAAACCCGUCAAAGCUGUAGAGCACAAGGGCUUAUACUAAACACCUUUGAAGACCUUGAAGGGCCUAUACUCUCCCAUAUUAGAAGCCUGAUUUGCCCUAAAACCUACACCAUCGGACCUCUCCACACUCACCUCAAACUAAGGUUGGCGAGGAAGAACGCUUCAAAGUCUGACCAAUCUUCGAAUAGUAUUUUUGAAGUGGACAGAAACUGCAUGGACUGGCUAGAUUCUCAGCCUUCCAAGUCUGUGAUCUACGUAAGUUUUGGAAGCAUUACGAUCUUGACAAGAGAAGCCCUAAUCGAGUUUUGGCACGGUCUUGUGAACAGCAACAUGAGGUUCUUGUGGGUCGUACGGCCGGACAUGGUGACAGGAGAAGGCGGCGAAGGUGACGUCCCGGCGGAGCUGCUGGAAGCGACGAGGGAGAGAGGAUAUAUGGUUGGGUGGGUCCCUCAAGUGGAGGUGUUGGCCCACCAGGCCGUAGGCGGGUUUUUGACCCAUAGUGGCUGGAAUUCGACUUUGGAGAGUAUUGUGGCUGGAGUUCCUAUGAUAUGUUGGCCUUAUUUCGCUGAUCAACAGAUUAAUAGUAGAUUUGUUGGUGAGGUGUGGAAGCUUGGGAUUGACAUGAAGGAUGUUUGUGAUAGGAAAGUUGUGGAAAAGAUGGUUAUUGAUCUGAUGGUGGAGAGAAGGGAGGAGUUUGUGAGAUCAACGGCUGAGAUGGCUCGGUUGGCGAAAGAAAGUGUAAGUGAAGGUGGGUCAUCGUAUUGUAAUUUGGAUCGUUUGGUAGAGUACAUAAGGCUGACCAGUAAAGAGAAAUAG